CAGGUUGAGGGGCUCCAGUGAGUUGAUAUAUUGCAGAGGAAACUGGCUUUUCAGUUUCCUCAUAUAUUCAUUAAGUCUGUUUUGGGAUCUGGAGCCUGGAGAUUUCAAAGAGAUCUGGGAGGGAUGAAAUCUCCAAUCCGGGGUCCGUGUUUUGAGAACCCCCAGCACACUGAUUGCACAGGUGUGUGCAGGCCUUUUUAUAGAGUCCUAACCAUAGUUCUGGGCUCCACCCCGGCAGACGGAUUGAUAUAUUGCAGAGGAAACUGGCUUUUCAGUUUCCUCAUAUAUUCAUUAAGUCUGUUUUGGGAUCUGGAGCCUGGAGAUUUCAAAGAGAUCUGGGAGGGAUGAAAUCUCCAAUCCGGGGUCCGUGUUUUGAGAACCCCCAGCACACUGA